AUGUAUAUGCUAACGCGCUAACGUUACGUCGCUGAUAAUUUUAUUUUUUAAAUAACUGACGUGUAAUAUACUUAAUAAAUAACUAAUAUUCGUCGAAAUGGAUAUUUUUAGAGAAUCUAAAGCAAAGGGAUAUCACCUUGGACAUUUAUUUAUGUCUGUUAUGAAGAUGAAUCCUGAAGAACUUAAUCAGAUAGACGCAGCCACAGGAGAGAAAGAGACGAACGCAUCUGUAUUAGCACGGUCUGUUCGGUUAGCCAAAUGUCUGAGGAGGUUUGGUCUGCAGCCAGGUGACGUCAUGGCGCUGGCGGGACGUAACCACAUAGACUUGCAUAUACCUUACUACGCGGCGAUGCUCAACGGUCUGCCUCUCGUGGGAGUUGACCACACUUUCAAAUACGACGAAAUCCAUUCACUUUUCAAACAAACAAACCCGAAGAUUGCAUUUUGCCAAAAUGGAAGUGCAAAGGAUUUUGAGCGAGCUGCGAUAUCUCUCAACUUUGACACUAAAAUCAUUACUUUUGAUGAAGGCGAUUGUACGAUGACGAAAUUCUUGGAUUCUUAUGACGAAGACGGCUCUUUAGAUGGGUUUGAGCCGGCGAGCUUCGACCUAGACAAAGUGUACGUCUGGCUGAUUGGCACCGGCGGCACCACGGGCAAGUCCAAAAUAGCGGCCUUCAAACACAAAGCUUGGCUAACCAAGACCCUACAGUACUUACAAAUGUCCAUCUCUAUAAAUAAAGGGAAACCAAAGAUCAAAUGGUCUGAAAACUUGGCUUUAAACUUGUCCCCGUUACAUUGGGUGUCUGGUUUCUUUAAUCCUAUCGGCAUGGUUAUGCGUAACCAGUGCAAGAUACAGACCUCGGAACAGACUAUUGACAAUGUUGUCGAUGUCAUUAAUCAAUACAAGCCCAAAUUUGUAUUAUGCGGACCUCCAAUCAUUGCAUCCAUACUAAACAACGAGAAAUACUGUGAUUUGUCCUGCUUUGAUACCAUAAUUUUAACUGGAGGAGCUGUAUACACGGAUAUUUUAGUUAGAUUAAAGGAUCGCGUGAGUCAAAAUACACGCGUUUUAGUUAUGUAUGGUCAAACAGAGUCCAUGGGUCCAGUGAUGCUGCCAGGUCCGUCUGGACCAAUAGGCAACUGCGGGAAGCCCACACCUCAUACAAAGUUGAAGCUGGUAGACCCAGAGACAGGCGCAGUGGUUACCGCACCAAAUACGAAAGGCGAAUUAUGGACUUACGGACCAAGUUUCACAGAGUACUAUAACUCCCCAGAGGAGACAGCCCUGGCGUUCUCCGAAGACGGCUGGUUCAAGACUGGCGAUAUCUUCUACAGGGAUGAGAACGACUACUACUACUUUGUUGAAAGGCUCAAGAUGCUGAUCAAGUACAGGACACAACACGUAAUACCAGUGGAACUAGAAGAAUUAAUCCGCUCGCACCCCGGCGUUCUCGACGCCGGUGUGACCAGUAUACCUCACCCGGAAGACGGGGAACAUCCGGUGGCGUGUGUGGUGAGGAGGCCCGGAAGUGACGUCACUGCUGAACAGAUCAAGGAGCUAGUUGCAGAAAAACUAUCGUCCAGCAAGCAGCUGCGCGGAGGUGUCGUGUUCCUAGACAAACUGCCGCUGACGUCCACAGACAAGCUGGCUCGGGCCGCGCUAAGGAAACUCGUUUUGACGGCCAAGCGAGAGUGAAGUCUCGAAGAAUUAGCAAUAAAUAACUGAUUACUGCGUCCCGCUUACUCCGACUAAUGUUGGGCAAUGUGUUGUUUUUCUUACGUUAUUACCCGUAACCAUAAGGGAUAAUUACUUGUAAAAUAUCACAAGACAUCUUAAACAAUAUUUGUUUAAUGAGUUUUAAAUACACUGAUAAAAACGA